GAACCUUACUCGAGCUUACUCACCCGUUGCCCUCCAGUAUCGUGAUAUUAGAUCGUAUAUAAUACCGUAUGAUGUCUUGAACCAGUCAAGAAAACCAAAGCCUUCCCUUCCACCACCUCAUCGAACCACUUCCUCUCAAUGGGUGUCAUUACGCGUAAAAUCGGUCUCAUCUUGGGCAGUGCCCGCACAAACGGUAAUGGAGCAGGACUUGCCUCCUGGGUCUCUCCUAUCAUCCAACGUCGCCUGAACAAGGCUCCUCUCAAGGAAAGAAAACCUUUCGAGGUUGUUACCGUCGACCCUACUGCACCACCCCAUCCUCUCGGCCCCCUUCUUGAUGGGAGCCGUUUCCCCGCUCAAGUCACAGAUCCUGAGCAAUACCCAUCGCCUGCUAUUCGCGAAUGGAGCCGCUUCGUCACUUCUUGCUCCGCCCUUGUCAUCCUCACUCCCGAAUACAAUGGUGCUUAUCCUGGCGAGUUGAAGAAUGCGCUCGAUCAUCUCUACUACGAGUGGCAAAGGAAGCCAGUGUUGUUGAUCACUUAUGGCGCAAGUGGAGGAGGACGAUGCGCAAAGCAGUUGACAGAGAUCCUCACCGGCCUCAAGAUGCAGGUUGUCUCUGACAACCUGCAGAUCUCGCUGCCCAAAGAGUACAUUGGCGGGUCUGAGAGAGUGGUCCCCGGCAGGACCUUCGAUUUCCUUUCUGCAUACGAAGCGGCUGUUGAGAAGGCUGCGGGGGAACUUGGUGAACUGACAUCCUCAUCGUAGACAGAGAUGGUCAUUCAAAAGAGACGUGGCAGGGAUGAAGCAUCAUAGGCCAGUUAGAGCAUAGAGACAUGUGUCAGGCUUUAGGAUUUAGAUAUAGAGACGAUGGGCACCUUAUGUAGUAUAAUAUAGUAUUGCUAUGCAUCCGUCGUAAAUGUCGUCGCUUUAUGUUCUCGUAGAGAUAUAUGACAAUUAGUGGGGGGACGGCCAAUUUUCCGAUGUCG